UAGAAGACAGAGAAUAGUUUAAAGAAAAUCCGAGGUCUUGUGAACGCAUCAGCAGAGAAGGGAAGUGCUGAAAAUCCAAGAUGGACGAGUCCUACUCGAACGUGAAACAAACACCGGAGAACCUCGACGACCCUCCCAAUAGCCGCCUGUUCCUGGUGACCAGCCGCACCGUCACCGAAGAUGAGCUUCGAGACCGCUUCUCCGUGUUUGGCGACAUUCAGGGCAUUUGGGUCGUUAAAGACAAGCAGACGAAGGAGUCUAAAGGCAUUUGUUACGUCAAGUUCGCCAAAUCGUCUCAGGCCUGCCGGGCAAUGGAAGAAAUGCACGGAAAGGUCCUUCUCGACGGGAAAAAACCACUCAAGGUUUUUAUCGCCCAGUCGCGGUCGUCCUCCAGCCACCGAGACGUGGAGGAUGAGGACCUGACCAGGAUCUUUGUCAUGAUCCCCAAAUCCUUCUCUGAGGAUGACCUGAAGAACACCUUUAAGGAAUAUGGUGACAUUGAAUAUUGCAUCAUUGUCAAGAACAAAGUGACAGGGGAGAGUAAAGGUUUGGGCUAUGUGAGGUACUACAGACCCUCGCAAGCAGCCCUGGCUAUUGAGAACUGUGACAAAUCUUACAGGGCCAUUCUGGCGGAACCUCGCACCAAAGCCGCAGCCACGGAAGACCCCAACAGCAGCAUGGGGACCAGGAGCGAAUACAUGGGCAGCGCCGACUCCAUGGCCUUGUUCCCUUACAACAUGGCUGCACCGGCUGAAUCCGUCAACUACCAAAUGAUGGACUACCACGGCGCCGACUUGAGCCACUGCCUGCUGGCGACGACCCGCGCCGCCCUCAGCCAGGAGCAAUUUUUUGCUCUGUUUGACAUCAUUCCGGGGAUGGAAUACUGCAAGCAACAGCGGGACGUUUAUGGGACAAGCAAAGGUCACGCUAUAGUCCGCUACAGCAACCUGGGAUCGGCAUUAUAUGCAAAGGACAAACUGAACGGAUUUGAAUAUCCACCAGGAAACAGACUGGUUGUUGACUUUAUGGAUGACGGAGAAGAUUGCAGCGGUUCAGUAGGUAGGAUGGCUAUGCAGUUUGUGGCCAUCCAGAUGUUGCCAUCAGUAUGGAAUGGACCCUCCAACAACCAAGCCGUCAAACAUCCUACCUCUUCUCACCCGGGAUUCAGUGGGCCUCCAGGCCCCCGGAUCCAAACAGACGUGAGCCUGCCACCCAUCAAGAAGCUGGCGCCCGCUGACAGCUUGUGCAAGGAGCGCUUGUUUGUGGUGUUCAGCCCAGCCCCCUUGCCCAUCGAUGUGCUGGAGAACGUUUAUGGCCGUUUUGGAUCCCUGAUAGAGGUCUUCUUGGUGGCAGGCAGGAAAGUUGGAUACGUGAAGUAUGCAGAAAAGCAGUGCGCAGAUGAUGCAAUGGCAGCGCUCCACGGUUGCGUGGUCAACGGCGUGAAGAUGAAGGUGAUGCUUGCCGAUCCUCCCAAGGAAGAAUCGCACAAAAGGCUUCGCACGUACUAGGAUGCCAGCACGUGCAAGGCGACUGACAAAACGACCCCUGACCUGACAGACCCGACAACCUACAUGGACGGAGACCCCUUGACCCGACCUUUGACAACUGUCUGACCUUAAACUUCUCCAUAGUUUGCCCUGACCUUUAAUGUGAUAUUUUAGUCAAGCUGUCCUUUGGUUUGAAUAUUUGUACAUUCCAAAAUCCGUUCACAUUUCAACAAAGACUCCACAAUAUUAUAUUUUGAUCUGUUUACAGAAAACAGUUGACUUAUAUAUAAAGUUAAAGUUGAUUUUAGCAUCUAACAUUUUUACUUUCCCUGAAGUACAGGUCUGCAACUUUAAAAGUUUUUUCUUUCUAAUGUGUUCUCAUUAUGGCUGCUUUCCAAGAAGAAAUAAAAAAAUAAGUGAAUUUAUCACUUGUGUGUGUUUCUUUUCCAUCAACUCUGCUUUCAAGGCUAAUGACCUAAUUUGAAGAGUGAAGUUCUAAUUGUUUUAUUCAGUCAAAAGGUUUUCGUGCAUCAUGUAACAAUGGUGAGUCACAGUACAGUAUGUUAUUCAUAUUCAUUAUUUUUGAACAAAUAAGUUUUAGACCAGGGGUAGCCAACUCCGGUCCUCG